CCAAGGUGGUGUGUUUCUACAGAAGGCGGGACAUUUCCAGCAGCCUCAUCGCCCUGGCUGACAAGCAUGCAAGGGAAGUGGAGGAGGAGGUAGAAAACCCAGAGAUGGUGGACCUGCCUGAGAAACUUAAGCAUCAGCUGCGGCAUCGGGAACUAUUCCUCUCUCGGCAGUUGGAGUCGCUGCCUGCCACACACAUCAGGGGCAAGUGCAGUGUUACCCUGCUCAAUGAGACCGAGUCGCUCAAGUCCUACCUGGAGCGUGAGGAUUUCUUCUUCUAUUCUUUAGUCUACGACCCACAGCAGAAGACCCUUCUGGCUGAUAAAGGGGAAAUUCGUGUAGGAAACCGCUACCAGGCCGAUAUCACUGACUUGCUGAAAGAAGGUGAGGAGGAUGGCCGCGAUCAGUCGAAACUGGAGACCAAGGUGUGGGAAGCCCACAAUCCGCUUGUCGAUAAGCAGAUUGACCAGUUUCUUGUGGUGGCCCGCUCUGUGGGCACCUUUGCACGGGCCCUGGAUUGCAGCAGCUCCGUGCGGCAGCCUAGCUUGCACAUGAGUGCGGCAGCAGCCUCCCGAGACAUCACCCUGUUCCAUGCCAUGGACACUCUGCACAAGAACAUCUAUGACAUCUCCAAGGCCAUCUCAGCCCUCGUGCCUCAGGGCGGGCCGGUGCUCUGCAGGGAUGAGAUGGAGGAGUGGUCAGCAUCAGAAGCCAACCUUUUUGAAGAAGCUUUGGAAAAAUAUGGGAAAGACUUCACAGACAUCCAACAAGAUUUUCUCCCAUGGAAAUCGCUCACCAGCAUCAUUGAAUAUUACUACAUGUGGAAGACCACCGACAGAUACGUCCAGCAGAAACGUUUGAAAGCAGCUGAAGCAGAGAGCAAGCUAAAGCAGGUUUAUAUUCCCAACUAUAACAAGCCAAAUCCAAACCAGAUCAGCGUCAACAGUGUCAAGGCCAGUGUAGUGAAUGGCACAGGGACACCAGGCCAGAGCCCCGGGGCCGGUCGGGCCUGCGAGAGCUGUUACACCACACAGUCUUACCAGUGGUAUUCUUGGGGUCCCCCUAACAUGCAGUGUCGCCUCUGCGCAUCUUGUUGGACAUAUUGGAAGAAAUAUGGUGGCUUGAAAAUGCCAACCCGGUUAGAUGGAGAGAGGCCGGGACCAAAUCGCAAUAACAUGAGUCCCCAUGGCAUCCCAGCUCGGAGCAGUGGGAGCCCCAAGUUUGCCAUGAAGACAAGGCAGGCCUUCUACCUGCAUACUACCAAGUUGACGCGCAUUGCCCGGCGCUUGUGCCGUGAGAUCCUACGCCCAUGGCAUGCCGCACGCCACCCCUACAUGCCCAUCAACAGUGCAGCAAUCAAGGCUGAAUGCACAGCACGACUGCCCGAAGCGUCCCAGAGCCCACUGGUGCUGAAGCAGGUAGUGCGGAAGCCCCUGGAGGCUGUGCUCCGGUAUCUUGAGACUCAUCCCCGUCCCCCUAAGCCCGACCCUGUGAAGAGUUCAUCCAGUGUGCUCAGCAGUCUGACCCCUGCCAAGUCAGCCCCUGUCAUCAACAAUGGCUCCCCCACCAUCCUGGGCAAGAGGAGCUAUGAGCAGCACAAUGGGGUGGAUGGCAACAUGAAGAAGCGCCUCUUGAUGCCCAGUAGGGGUCUGGCAAACCAUGGACAGACCAGGCACAUGGGACCAAGUCGGAAUCUCCUGCUCAAUGGGAAGUCCUACCCCACCAAAGUGCGCCUAAUCCGUGGUGGCUCCCUGCCUCCAGUCAAGCGGCGGAGAAUGAACUGGAUUGACGCCCCGGACGAUGUAUUUUACAUGGCCACCGAGGAGACCAGGAAAAUCCGCAAGCUGCUCUCAUCCUCAGAAACCAAGCGUGCUGCCCGCCGGCCCUACAAGCCCAUUGCCCUGCGCCAGAGCCAGGCCCUGCCGCUGCGGCCACCCCCACCUGCACCAGUCAACGAUGAGCCCAUUGUUAUUGAGGACUAGGAGGUCACCCACUGUGGCCUGCCUGGGCCCCUCCAUCAGCCCCAGAGUAUCCAGUGCGGCCUGCAGAGGCCAAGUGGCCUCCCUUCCCCCACCAGACUGCUGCCCACCCCACCCUCUGUUUCCGUAGUGCCCCAACUCCCGCCCUCUCAUGCAGAGAACCUGCUCCUCUGGUGGACAUGCGGGGGAAGAAGUGUGGUCUAACUUAUUCCAAGACACCGAGGAGUCUUUUUUAGCUUUGUGUUUACUUUUCGGCUGGAGCAGAGAUGAGGAAUGCCCUGGGCCCUGUGCUAUAGGGCUUCUCACCCGGGGUGGGCUCUAAGGUUUUGUUGUGUUCUGUUGAAGGUGCCAUUUUAAAUUUUAUUUUUAUUACUUUUUUUGUAGAUGAACUUGAGCUCUGUAACUUACACCUGGAAUGUUAGGAUUGGUGCGGCCAGCAGCAGCCAAGCUGCCUGGCGGGGUUGGUCCCUUGUCUUUUCAAGUAAUUUUCAUAUUAAACAAAAACAAAGAAAAAAAAAUCUCAUAAAAAGGAAAACCCCA